ACCUCCUGCUCUCCCGCUCCGCGCUCCAAUCUCAGCCUUCCGCGUGCGCGCCGCCGCCGGCGACGCGUUCUCGCGCCCGUGGUUCAGCUUUCCAACCUCUUUGGACGCCGGCGGCGGCAGAAACUCAGCGGAUAAUAUCGGGUCAGUCUCUUCGACUGACAGCAAUAAGCAUUCGAAAAUCAACGCCAAGGAGAAAUGGUCGAGGAAUCGCGAGAGCUACCUCACGGACGACGACGAGCCUUUGCCUCUUCCGAUGACGUACCCCGAUUCAUCGCCGGUUUCGCUUGAGGAAAUCGACAAGAGGCUCAAUUGCGAUCCUGAGAUAACGGAUUGCAAGCCAAUGGUCUAUGAAUGGACCGGAAAAUGUCGUAGUUGUCAAGGGACCGGAUUGGUCAGCUAUUAUAACAAGAAAGGAAAAGAGACCAUUUGUAAAUGCAUUCCUUGCCUUGGCAUUGGAUAUGUGCAGAAAAUAACAGCUCGCACAGAAAUUGAUGUGAUGGAGGAGGACUUGGAUAACGGGAAGCCUCCGUGA